GGCUCGUCUUUUGGCUCGGCCGUGCUGCAAUCGAACCUCCGCAGUUGAGCAUCCUCAGUAUGGCAUCUUCCGCAGCUCUCACAGCUUCAGCAGCUCUGAAGUCCCGCGUUGCACGACCCUCGUUGCUUAAGAAGCUUGCCCGUCCUGAGGAUUUGAUCCCAUUAUUUCCGAAUGGAGCCUAUAUUGGCUGGAGCGGCUUCACAGGCGUUGGGUAUCCAAAGAAGAUCCCAACCAUGCUCGCAGACCAUGUCAAAAAGAAUAACUUGCAGGGCAAACUCAAAUAUUCUCUAUUUGUGGGUGCAAGUUCCGGGGCGGAUACGGAGAAUAUUUUUGCAGAAUUAAAUAUGAUUGAGAGGAGGGCACCGCACCAAGUGGGGAAGGCUAUCGCGAAGGGAAUCAACAAUGGCAAUAUCAAAUUUUUUGAUAAACAUUUGUCUAUGUUUCCAGUUGAUCUGGUUUACGGUUUCUACACCAAGGAUCGGCCGACCAAAAAACUAGAUGUCGUGGUUGUAGAGGCUUCAGCUAUUACAGAGGAUGGAGGAAUAAUUCCAGGUGCAUCUGUCGGAGCCUCACCAGAACUGAUACAGAUGGCAGACAAGAUUAUUGUAGAAGUCAACACAGCAAUUCCUGACAUGAGAGGCCUUCACGAUAUUACGAUGACCCAGCUUCCUCCAUAUCGAAAACCAUAUCUGAUUAUGGCCCCUGAAGACCGUAUUGGCACAACUUACAUUCCAGUUGAUAGCGAGAAAAUUGUAGCAAUUGUUGAAUCUGAUUACCAAGACCAGACAACAGCCAACUCUCCAGCAGAUGAAACUUCUCGAGCUAUUGCUCGGCACUUGAUUGAAUUCCUUGAGCACGAAGUCAGUCACGAUCGUUUGCCAAAGAAUCUCCUCCCUCUUCAAUCUGGGAUUGGAAAUAUUGCAAAUGCUGUUAUUGGUGGUCUUGCAGAAUCGAAAUUUGAGCAUCUGAAAGUGUGGACUGAGGUCUUGCAAGAUACUUUCUUAGAUCUAUUCGACUCUGGCCGUCUCGACUUCGCAACAGCAACCUCCAUCCGUUUCUCACCGGACGGGUUCAAGCGUUUCUACGAUGGAUGGGAGCAAUACCACAACAAGCUCCUGCUCAGGUCCCAGCAAGUUUCCAACUCACCAGAAAUCAUUCGGAGACUAGGCGUUAUUGGAAUGAACACUCCCGUAGAAGUCGACAUCUACGCCCACGCAAACAGCACUUGCGUGAUGGGGUCCCGCAUGCUGAACGGUAUCGGUGGCUCUGCUGAUUUCCUUCGAUCUGCGAAGUACAGUAUUAUGCACACACCUUCCACGCGGCCAUCGAAAACGGAUCCUCAUGGGGUGAGUUGUAUCGUCCCCAUGUGCACACACGUCGAUCAAACGGAACACGACCUUGAUGUGAUCGUUACGGAACAGGGCCUCGCGGAUGUCAGAGGGUUGAGUCCAAAGGAGAGGGCUAAGGUGAUCAUCGCAAAGUGUGCGCAUCCAGAGUAUCGUCCUAUCUUGGAAGACUAUUUCAACAAAGCUGAGUUUGAGUGCAUGAAGAGGGGGUGGGGACACGAACCGCAUUUGCUAUGGAAUAGCUUUGAUAUGCAUAAAGCUUUUGAUCUAGAGGGCAGCAUGAAGAAAAUCAAGACAUGGGGUUAAGAGUAUCGGAAAAUUGUAUCUGUAUUGGUCUUGGUACUAUGAUAUAUGAGUAUAAGGAGUAGGGAUGUAUAUUUCCAAAUCAUUUACGUGUAGAAAACAUUACCUUUAGGUUGUGAAAAGAGAAUUAUUGCGAACUAUCGAGUUGGGCAGAUAGGUUGUUGAUAAUUCACCUUCUUAGAUAGUGUGCCCACGAGAAGAAAAGCUCCUCAUUGAUGCC